AUGACGCCGAUAAUAAUUGUACUCUUUACUCUAGCUGUAACUUCAGCAUAUGGCUAUCAUGAUCCUGACCUCAACUAUCACUUAAAUCAAGUGCAGAAACUUCAAGAAUGUGAUAACAAUGGCUACUCAUAUCCGACACCCUCAGUACAAUUGACGACUGCCGGAGUAAAGGUUGCGGCCAGGCCUAUCCUUCAGGCUCCAGCUUAUCAAUAUUCUGGAUACACGACGGGCGCUGCAUAUCAAGCUGUUGUACCGCAAACCACUUACAUCACUCAACAACCUGCUACUUACCAAACGUCUUCUCUUCUAUCUCAAGCUAACUAUGCAACAGCCACAGCAUCAAAAGAAGUGCACGGAUAUGCCACCUCUGCUGGAUUAUCAUCAGUAGACAGUUCAAGACCGAGGACUGUGAUUCCACAAGCGACUUACGCUCAAGCACCGAUACUUGCCAAAGUCACUGCUGCUCCACUUAUAGCAAGAUUCUCGGUGGCACCUGCAAAAACCUCUUUUGUGUCACAAAACUAUGCAUCACAAGUAGCAGGGUCUGCAAGGGCUUCUCUAAAUUCAUACGGUGCUGUGCAAUCUGGAGGAACAGUUGUCUCCCAAGUCAUCGCUGCUCCUUCUGCCACCUACGCCACAUCAUCGGCUCUGAAGUCACAACAACCGCAACUGUUCACACCCACCCGUUACACAACCCUCUCAGCAUCCGUACCACAGUACAAUCAAGUCGGACCUGUCCAAGCUUAUACUGAAGUAGCUCAAUACGCUUCUAGUGGAAAUCAAUACGCAACAUCUGCCGUUGCUAAUGGAGUGCAGUAUGUCAAACCCGCUGUGAAUCAAUACGUUGCUCCAGCAGCCGGUCAUUAUUCAGCUCAGAACGUAGCACAAGUGUCACAUUACUCUGCCGCGCCAGCUGUAUCUCAAGUACAGUAUGCAGUGCCAACUAUAAACCAAUACUCCGCGCCUGAAGUCAAACAGUAUUCCGCUCCAGCAGUUACUCAGUAUUCUGCCCCGGUAGUUACUCAACACUCAGUGCCAACAGUAGCCCAGUACUCCGCACCAGUAGUUGCACAGUACUCCGCUCCAGCAGUUGCACAGUACGCUGCACCAGCUACUCAAUAUUCUGCAAUAACUCAACAUAGUGCUGCCGGAUUAGGCGUAGCUCAAUACGCCACAUCAAACAUCGGUGUGACACAACACGGAGCUCAAGCUGUUUCUCAUGUGGCGCCAGCUGUAGCGCAGGUUGCAGUGUCUGCACCUGUCACUCGUAUAGCUUCUACCCGACCUGUCACCGUCAAGAAUGUGCACACUGAUUUUUUGGAAAAUUACGAUGCUCAUCCGAGAUAUGCAUACGAGUACAGCGUAAACGACCCGCACACCGGUGACAUCAAACAGCAGAAAGAAGAACGCGACGGAGAAGUUGUUAAAGGUCAGUACUCUUUGGUGGAACCCGACGGCUCCGUUCGGACAGUGGACUACGUGGCCGACUGGAAGACCGGUUUCCACGCAGACGUGCGCAACAGCAAAGACAAUCACUAA